AUGAUCCUAGUCACACACAAACUGUUACAACAAGAAGAACAGAGAGAAGGAGACAAGGGGGAGUGUGGAGGUCUGCAACAAGGCUUUGUUCCAGAGGGAGGGGUGAGGCUGAGGGGGAGGGAGGAGAGGGAGGAGAGGGAGGAGAGGGGGGGGGGCAGGGGGCAGGGGAGGGACCGGAGCGUGGAAACUCUGAGUCACUAUCCUCUAAUCAUUACAACAGAGACAGCGGAGAGAGAGGACAAGAGCAGCGUUCACAUCAAACCUAAUGAACUCAGUCCUCAGGGGAAAGAAGAGAGGAUCUACAUCUGUGUGUGGCUUUACUAUGGUAAGGAUGGGAGGAGAGAGGGGGAGGAGGGGAGGAGGAGAGGAGGGGAGGAGCGGAGGAGGUGA